AGUACUCAGUUAUUCUUAACUGCUUUGUAGCUAUGUGGUUUGCGAAAAUUAUCUAUUUGUCUAGCUAGCUAGCUAGAUAAAAAAGCUUAUUAGAUUUGUGACUUGUGUUUGUAUAACGAUACAUAUUAAUGUAGAUUUAAUUAACUACCAUAUACGACUUAAUUAGUGCUCGUUAUAUUCAAAUAAUCCGUGUCCACAGGGCUGCUUUCCCGAAGAGUAGCUUGCUGGCUAGGUAGCUAUCUUAUGUUGUUUAUAGUGCGAGAACGAGGGAGCAACUGAGACAUGGAAUGAAACGGUCGCAGAGUUAGCUACAGUAGCUAGCCAAUUUACUUGGUUUCCAAGUUUGGUAGCAGCAGACAUCUGCCAGGCUUUAAGAAAUUAGCAGAUUGGAUUUUUGAGGCCAGGGAUUAGAAUUUGAGACAAGUUCGACUGGAAUCAGAUUCACGUUUCGUCGCCAUGGCUUGGGCUCUGAAGUUGCCGCUCACCGAUGAGGUGAUUGAGUCAGGUCUGGUCCAGGACUUUGAUGCCAGUCUCUCUGGCAUUGGACAGGAGCUUGGAGCUGGGGCAUACAGUAUGAGCGAUGUGCUGGCCCUACCCAUCUUUAAGCAGGAGGAGUCCAACCUGCCACCUGACAGUGAGAACAAGAUUCUUCCUUUCCAGUAUGUUCUGUGUGCAGCAACCUCGCCUGCCAUCAAACUGCACGAUGAAACACUUACCUACCUCAACCAAGGACAGUCUUAUGAAAUUCGAAUGCUUGACAAUCGGAAAUUGGGGGAACUCCCAGAAAUCACUGGCAAAAUGGUGAAGAGCAUCAUCCGAGUGGUCUUCCAUGACCGGCGUCUUCAGUACACAGAGCACCAGCAGCUGGAGGGCUGGCGCUGGAACAGGCCUGGAGACCGCAUCCUCGACCUGGAUAUCCCCAUGUCAGUUGGCAUGGUCGACCCCAGGGCUAACCCUACUCAGCUUAACACGGUGGAGUUCCUGUGGGACCCAUCAAAAAGAACCUCUGUUUUUAUCCAGGUUCACUGCAUCAGCACAGAGUUCACCAUGCGGAAGCAUGGGGGAGAAAAGGGCGUACCUUUUCGCAUUCAGAUUGACACUUUCAAAGAGAAUGAUGGCGAAGAGUAUACAGAACAUCAGCAUUCUGCCAGCUGUCAGGUCAAAGUCUUCAAGCCUAAAGGUGCAGACAGGAAGCAGAAGACGGACAGAGAGAAGAUGGAGAAGAGGGCGCCUCAGGAGAAGGAGAAAUACCAGCCAUCCUAUGAAACCACCAUCCUAACAGAGUGCUCUCCCUGGCCAGAGGUCACCUAUGUCAAUAACUCCCCAUCGCCUGGCUUCAACAGCACACACAACAGUUUUCCAGUGGCAGAGGGAAAUGGAUCCCCCGGUCACCAGCCAGAGCCAGUUGUUCAGGUGGCAGAUAUUGAAAGCUGUCUGACUGAUACGAUUUUGUCGUCCCAUCUGCUUACAAGAGACAGUGAAAGUGUCCAUCAGAACCUGUUACCUGCGGCAACACCACAGGAUGCUCAGCAGUGGCUACAUAGAAACCGCUUUUCACCAUUCUGUCGGCUCUUCACUAAUUUCUCAGGGGCAGAUCUGUUGAAGCUGACCAGGGAAGAUGUCAUUCAGAUCUGUGGGCCAGCAGAUGGUAUUAGGCUCUUCAAUGCACUGAAAGGCCGAGUGGUACGUCCCAGGCUGACGGUGUAUGUGUGCCAGGAGUCCCAGCAGGCUCGGGAACAGCAGCAGAAACAUGAGAACGGAGACACAGCUAGCAGCACUUUCUUCGUGUACCAUGCCAUCUACCUGGAGGACUUGACAGCAGUUGAGCUGACAGAGAAGAUCGCUCAGCUAUUCAACAUCUCACCCAGACAGAUCAGUCAGAUCUUUAAACAGGGACCCACUGGUAUACAUGUCCUGGUCAGUGACGAGAUGAUUCAAAACUUCCAGGAUGAAGUAUGUUUUGUUUUGGACACAAUGAAAGCCGAGACGAAUGACGGCUACCACAUCAUCCUGAAAUGAAGACUGUCUGGGGGAUUGCCUAACCCCUGCUCUGUCUUUUAGACUCAACCCUGCAAGCCCCUUUACAGGCUCUGUCCCUGAUAUUCCUGGACUGUGCUGAAGAUUACCUAUUCGAUUCUCUGAGGCCCUUGCUAUGGGGAAUGUUGACUUAAGCAGCUUGCCCAUCCUUGAUACCUUAUUGUCUUAUUUUAAAGGGGUGACUGACUCUAUUUGAGCUGCCAUAUUGAAGCAACACGCUUCAGUUUCCUCCCUUGCUAGAAACCCUUUUAAAACGGUUGCAUUUUCCUCCUUCACUGCUCAUGUGUUUGAAAAAGAGAAUGGAAUGAAGAUACCCUGCCACUGUUAGUGCAUCAUGAUGAGCAGCUGGUGUGCCGAAGUUCUAUGCUUCAGAAUCAAGGAGUUUGCUGUCACAUGAAAUGGGAUCCACAACAAGAGAUACAGAGUUCUUAUACAUUGGUCUCCAUCUCCUACUGUUAGGCUGCCUGGCUUGACAUCAAGGAUCCAGUUUGUGAGGACCGUGGCCAUGGUUACAUAGCUACGACACGGGAAAGAGAACCUUAACAGGAAGUGGUGUCUUAAUAGGCUGCUGGUUUCCCUUUCAUUACCUAUGUCCUUUUAUUGUUUGGGCGUAAGUCUGUCCUCUGUUCUCUCUCCUCUGACCCGGAAACUGAUAAGUGGUCGAGGACUGUGUCAAAUCCUUAGAAGGCAAACGGAAGAUGAUCCUCCCCUCCUCAGUAGCCUCCUUUUGGCGAGGAAGCACAAGUGUAUUCUACCACGUAAGAGUUUUGAUAUUUGCCACACCCCCUAUGAAAAACGCGUUUUGUAUUGUCAUGGGAGAAAAUCAUGCACACAUUUAAGUGAUAUGCUACUUAUCCUUUUCUCUAUAAAAUGUCUUGCACAACAUUUAUUUUGGAAUCCACCCCUGUAAAUGUAAUUUGCCUGAUGACAUGCGAGUGGAGAAGGAGCUUCUUAUUUCAAACAAGUAUUUUCAUCCAAGUUCAAUCUCCUCACCACCUCUCCUCGUUUUUUUUUCAAAAGGAGGCAAGUGAGGAUGCAGGAGUUGAGCAAAUCUAAUUGAGAAACGGCCCAUGAGAACCCCUCUCUGUCCUCUUCCAGUGAGUGCUGUGCUCCUGUGAAAACCUACAGUCCUGUUUUCCUGUAUCCUCCUCUAUUACUUGUGAGAGAACAUGUGUGCAGCUUUUGAACACUGUCAAGACCGUGUCAGGAUACUGGUCUGUUGAUCAUGAUAUGGCCCUCGCAUCCCUGAGCCGACUAGGUAAAAAAUGCUAAUUGACUCAAAUGUAAACAUUAAUCUGAUUGACACACUGUCUUUCUUUGUUAGUGACACCACACAGUGGCAACACCAGCAACUUACCAGUCUCUGUCUUGCCUACUAUCCCUACUUACCAUCAUACUGUAUUUAUCACUUUACAGUUUCAUUACAAAGGUUUUGGACAAUUCUCAAACCUUUAUUUUAAGUAGAUAAUUGUUUAAAAUAUAUUAAUCAUGUCUUACUUUUAGCUGUUUUAUAAAACCUUCCUACCAUAUGUUCCUUCCUUGUUUAGAGAACAACUCUUUGCAUUGUUUUUGGAUAUUGCCACUAAUACUUAGCAGUGGGGUGCAUAGGGCUUGAUAAACCUGCAUGUGUAAAGCUAGAGUUGGUUCCCAUUCAAUCAAGUUCAACUGAACGCUUCCAGAAUAUCGAUUGCGUGAUAUUUAGAUGUUGUCCAGUUUUACCCCUCGCUCAAGUCAUCAGAAUGAUUAAACUAGUUACACAUU